UCUCUCGAUUGCUAACUAGACUCAAUCACGAGUGAACAACGACGGUGUUUAUCAUCUUCACUCAGUUGACGAUCGAGACACGACCAAGAUGGAUCUUGUCACGGCAGCCCUGUUCUUCGUGACGGUCCUCCUCUUCGUCUAUCAGUAUGUAUGGAAAUCAAUGAACUAUUUCAAGCGCAUGGGAAUCAUGCACAAAUCGCCUCUUCCUAUCCUGGGGAACAUGGCACCGAUCAUCUUCUGUCGUGUAUGCAUGUCUGAGUAUCUUCAGAAGUUGUACAAUAGCUUCCCAAACUUCAAGUACUUCGGAUUCUACAUGUUCACCACGCCAAUAAUAGUGGUCCGUGAUCCAGACAUAGUAUCAUCGAUCGCCAUCAAGAAUUUCGACAACUUCACCGACCAUCGGGGCUUGGUUGACGAGGAGCUGGACCCUCUGAUGGGGAAGAACCUGUUCUCUCUUCGCGGUGAUCACUGGCGAGAAAUGAGAAAGCUCCUGAGCCCAUCUUUCACCUCUUCUAAAAUGAAGACCAUGUUCACGCUGAUGAAGGAUUGCGUGGAAAGAUUCGCGGAGCACAUUGCCGCGGAAUCAAAAAAUGGCAAAAUCUACGACUUGAAGGACAUUUUCGGAAGAUGCAGUACCGACGUGAUUGCGACGACCAAUUUUGGUAUAGCUGUUGAUUCCAUGAAAAAUAAGGACAACGAGUUUUACGUGUUUGUUAAAAAGAGCAUGGCCAUCACACCCAUUAGGUCGCUGAAGUUUCUGUUGGGAAGGAACUUCCCUAAUUUGUCCAAAUUACUCAAGAUAAGAGUGUUCAGUACCAAGACUCGCAAAUACUUCACUAGUAUCAUUGAUGAGGCGGUUAGAACAAGGAGAGAGAAGAAUGUCCACCGUCCAGAUAUGAUCCAGCUGAUGAUGGAAUCACGGGAUACCAACGGGAGACAACUCUCUAUCGACGAAAUGACUAACCAGGCUUUCGUCUUCUUCCUGGGAGGGUUCGACACGACCUCCAACCUGAUGUGCUUCGCUGCUCACGAAAUAGCAGCGAAUCCAGACGUGCAAGCCAAGCUGCGAGCGGAAAUAGAGAAUGUUAUGCGCAAGACCAAUGGGAAACCCACCUACGACGCUCUGAAAGACAUGAAAUACAUGGAUGCGGUGCUAGAUGAGACCAACAGGCUCUACCCUGCCGCAGGUUUUCUGGAUCGUGUUUGCGUGAAAGAGUUUGAGUUAGAGCCAGCAAACCCAGACUCGAAACCUAUCACCAUGAAACCAGGAGAUGUCGUGUGGUUUCUGCCAUUCGCUACGCAACGCGACCCAAAGAUCUACCCCAAUCCACUCAAAUUCGAUCCCGAUCGGUUCCUGAACGCUGAAAUAUCUCAGAACACUUACAUGCCAUUCGGUAUAGGCCCAAGAAUCUGCAUAGGGAACAGGUUCGCCUUGCUGGAGAACAAGAUCAUGUUAUUCUACCUUCUGUUGCGCUGUGAGAUCGAGCCCUGCGCUAAAACCACCAUCCCGAUGAGAUUCAGCAAGAAGACCGCUGUGCUCACUGCUGACAAUGGGUUCUGGUUGAACUUCAAGGUUAGGGACAAUGGAGUUUCUGUUGGCGAUGUCGACGUUAGCAAAACUUAGGAAACUGUUGUUAAUCGACUAGCGGGGAACGGUGAGAUUCUGUGUUGAAAUGAAUAUCGAUUGAAAGGAGUAGUUUGGCUCAGAAAGCGGAAACUGGCGAGGAGAACAGUUCUAUUUCACUAUGUAAAGCUUAAGAGUGAAACUUUUCUUAAUCGAACAAGUAAGAAUGUUGACAUAUUACAUCGAAAGGGGGGAAUAUUGAUCGAAGAGAGGUCCAGAAGUUUGGGGUAGAAGUUUAGACAAAUGACAUAAUGAAAUUUUAGUACUUUCUGUACUUACCACGUUCUGAACGUGUUAAAGUACGUCCAUUGUAGAAAUUAAAUGAUAGGUUUGAUAGGCUGAAUUUGUGUAGUACUCACUGUAUCUAGAUGUAUACAGAAGCUAAACCGUAACAUAUUCGAUAUACGAUACAUAUCCUUUCUAUACUUAACGUAAAUAUAAUCUGUAUAGUACUUUCUGUAUUUCAUGAAUUACAACAAAACAAAUAUAAGCAAUUCUAAGGGCA